UUGCCUCACAGUGAAACUUAUUAAGCAGCUUAAACUUUUGCGGUUCGUGCACGAAUUUCGUGGUAUGACGUCAUUAUAUCACAAUGUAGUGGAAAAGUUAACGUUACAUUAAAAAAAAAACGAUUAAUUUGUAAAACGUAAUAAGGUUAUGCAGCUUGAGUUUGACGAAAGCAGGGCUCAGUUAUACGUCAUGAUACGAACGUAUAUGUCUACGAACAUUGGCGCGCCGGAAUUCGCUAAGUAGCAAUGUGUAUGAGUAAUUAGGCAUCAUUACUCAGAGCCAUAUUAGGGGCAUCGAUAGUGCGCAGUGAAAAUGACGGAAAAACGCAACGGCGGGUAUAUAAGGCCUGCGUGGAUGAGGUAUAUAUGACACGUUCAUCGAACGAAGUUAAAAUAUUAUUUUGUGAAGUUAUUAAAUAUGAAGCUGCUACUACACGUAGCGUCCCUUGCGGCAGUUAUAUUUGCCGUUGACGGUCUAAAAUGUUGGGUGUGCGACAACGCACGAACCAAUGCAGAAUGUCUCGCCAGAGGACGAUUAUGGCAGUGCCAACCAAACCAGAGGGCUUGCCAAACCGAAGUAAGAAGAGAUCCACAAGGAAUGAGAAUCACCAAGAGAUGCAAACAAGCUCUUGCAUGCGACAACAACUUUAUUCAGAAUCCCCGAGCCGCUUGGUUUCCCAGCCAAUGCAGUGAUCAACACGGAUCGGUGUGCAGAUGCUGCUGUGACUUUGAUAACUGUAACACAGGAACUAUUGGUUGCAACGACAGACCUGCACCAAAAUGCCCCCGUCCAUCAAACCCCACGAACGGAGCCGUAACAUGCCCGGGAACGGGAAUGGUUUCUCCCGGUGACGUGUGUACCUACACCUGCGUAAAUGGCUAUAACAUGACCGGAUCCACCGCUAGCAGAUGUGUGUUAACCAGCCAAACUUCAGCAGCGUUUGAUAGAGCUCCUCCAACGUGUACACCACUACAAGAUUUACCGCAAUGUGAACCUCAACAAAGGGCACCCGACCAUGGUUCUGUGCAAUGCACGAAUACAAACUUAAUCGGAAGCGUUUGCACUUUCUCAUGUGGUUCAGGAUACUACUUGUCAGGAAGCAUUAAUGUUUUGAUAUGCGGCGCUCUAGGAGAGUGGUCGGCGAUUCCUCCUACAUGCCAGCGUAUAACUUGCCCACCAGCGUUCAACAACCCAACCAACGGAGUGGUUGGUUGUACUGAUGGUAUCAAUGAUGGAAGUGUUUGCAGUUUCGGUUGCGCGCCCGGAUUUUCUUUGAUUGGAGCAGCAAGUUCAACUUGUGCGGAUGACGGAAACGGUGAUGGGGUAGGACUUUGGAGUCAACCUGCUCCUAUUUGCCAAGCAAUUACAUGUUCCCCACAACACACCGACCCCACAAAUGGAAACGUGAAUUGCAUCAACGGUAACAGCCUUGGAAGCGACUGCUUCUUCUCUUGCGUGGACGGCUACCGUAUGAGCGGCGCCCCUAUCUCAACAUGCACUGACGAUGGCAAUGGAGACACUAACGGUGUUUGGUCUUCACCUGCACCAACUUGUGAACCUAUCACUUGCAUACCGUCACACACCUCACCAACCAACGGACAAGUAACUUGUUCAAACGGAAACCUUGUGGGAAGCGAAUGCGUGUUCACUUGCUCACCAGGAUACGCUGUAACAGGAGAACCAGUUUCAAUUUGUAACCAAGUCAACAUUGGAACACCAGCUGGAGUGUGGAGCUCACCACCACCGACUUGCCAACCACAACAAUGUAGCCCACCACACAGCAACCCAGUCGACGGUUCUGUUGAAUGUUCUGAUGGAAGCAACCUUAACAGCCAAUGUGAUUUUGUUUGUAAUGCCGGUUUCAGCAUCCUCGGGUCUCCAGUAUCGACUUGCACCGUAAGCGCCAACAACAACAACAACCUUAUAUGGUCCAAUCCACCACCAAUGUGCUUACCGAUAACUUGCAUUCCACAACAAAUACCACCAACCAACGGAGCAGUGACAUGCGACAACAGCAACAACGUAGGAAGUACUUGUACUUUCACUUGCAAUGCUGGAUAUUCAGUCAGUGGAAGUCCAACUACUGUAUGUAACGAUGACUUUAAUGGCGACGCACAAGGUCUAUGGAGUUCACCACCACCGACUUGCCAACAACAAGUUUGCAGCCCACCUCAUACCGCGCCAGCCGAUGGUAGUGUGGCUUGUUCUGAUGGCAGCGCACUUGGUAGCCAGUGUGAGUUUGCUUGCUCCUUGGGAUUCACUCUCGUGGGCGCACCAUUAUCAACCUGCGCAGUUGCAAACGGGAACACAUCACCAACGUGGUCGCAUCCUGCUCCAACUUGUGCACCGGUAACUUGUUUACCACAACAAAUACCACCAACCAACGGAGCAGUCACAUGCGACAACAGCAACAACGUUGGAAGUACUUGUACUUUUACUUGCAAUGCUGGAUAUUCAGUCAGUGGAAGUCCAACUACUGUAUGUAACGAUGACUUUAAUGGCGACGCGCAAGGUCUAUGGAGUUCACCACCACCGACUUGCCAACAAUUAAAGUGUAAUCCACCACAAUCCAACCCAACAAAUGGAAGCGUGUCUUGUUCGGAUGAAAACAACGUCAACAGUGAAUGUGAAUUUGCUUGCAUGCUUGGUUUUACUAUGGUUGGAGAACCAAUCACUGAUUGCUUAAUGUCCGGCGGAGUACCAGCUUGGACAAAUGUCGCUCCAGUAUGCGGACCUGUCAUAUGCCCGGCACAACAAGCACCAGUGAACGGAGGCGUGACUUGCACAGCCGGUAGCAAUUUCGGUAGUGUAUGUUCGUUCCAGUGCUCUCCUGGGUACGCGCUCACCGGUGAACCAUCCGCUACAUGUAAUGAUGACUUUAACCAAGAUACCCUGGGUGUAUGGAGCUCCCCACCACCAACUUGCGAACCUAUUGUCUGCAACCCAAGACACGUUGAACCCGACAACGGAGCCGUGAUUUGCACCAACGACAACAACCUAGACAGUUCAUGUACAUUCAUCUGUGCUAACACAUACGCUAUUGAAGGAAGUCCUGUUUCAGUCUGCCAGGACAGUGGCAAUGGCGCUCAAGGAUCAUGGAGCACCCCACCACCUAUUUGCACUCCCAUCGUAUGCUUGCCACAACAUUCGAGCCCAGCAAACGGCGGAGUUCAAUGUACCAACUCCAACUUUAUGGGCAGCUCAUGCACCUUUACUUGCGAUGUUGGAUACGAUCUACUAGGCGAGAUUUCAUCAGUAUGCAAUCUGAUUACUGCCACUGAUGCGAUCGGUACAUGGAGCGCACCAGCACCAAUUUGCGUAGAAAGAAGUAGAUGUAGCAAUCCACCCAGCGCACCAACCAACGGUUACAGAGUUUGCAGUGACGGCAACUAUGUUGGUUCUAUCUGUGAUUACGGAUGUGAUGACUUGUACACAAGAGUAGGAAGCCAAUAUUCAACUUGCGUUGAAUUGGCUGAUGGCAGUCAUAGCUUUGACAACCCAGCUCCAACUUGCGAACGAUCAAGCUGUAGAGAUGUGCAAACAUUACCUAAUGGUAACGUGUCAUGCAGCGACGGGAACUUUAUCAAUUCAGUUUGCACAUAUGACUGCAAUGCUGGAAAUGCAUACGCUCUCUUCCCAACCAACCACAGUACGACUACUUGCUUGAAUGAUACGACAUGGGACCUUCCACCCCCAUGCUGUGCAAGACGUUGUCCACCAUAUGCUCUCAUGGACUUCGUGAUGAUAUUGGAUUCGUCGUCAUCAGUGAGACGUCGAAACUGGCGGAUCAUGAAAAACUUUGGAAGAUCUAUUAUCGAGACUUUCCGACUCGCCGAAGAUGCUGCCCGUAUGGCCGCGUUCAGGUACAACAGAGUUGUUGAUACAAGAAGUCAAAUAUUGUUUAGACAACACGUCAACGAUAUGGCUGGGUUCCUCGCAUCUUAUAAUGCAAUCCCAUACAACGGUGGAGGAACACUUACUGGCCAAGCUUUACGUCACGCCAAAGACGUUAUUCUUGCCAGACGCAAUGGUAACAGACCGAAUGUGAAAGAUGUUGUUUUGACGAUUACCGACGGAAGAUCGCACGAUAAUGUUGCAAAUGUAUCAAGAGAGCUUAGAGAAAUGGGGGUUUUGACUUUUGUGGUCGGAGUUGUACCCGGAAACGGUAAGCAAUUGGACGAGAAUCAACUGCUUUCAAUUGCCGGCAGCCGAUCAAACAUGUUCUUGGCGACCAGCGGUUUCUCUGGUUUAAACAGCGCGUUCUCAGCACGACUUAGCGAGUCUAUCUGCACAAACCCAUGCGCUCACCUUCUACAAAGAGAUGAGAUCAACCGACCGACCCCAACACCUGCUAGGGUCAAUGGAGAAAAUGUUCCGCCCACUCCUUCGGGUAGAUAAAGAAAUUCGUUGCUCCUUCUCCCCCCCAAUCCCUGCUUAAACUUCAAUGUUACAAAGUCACUGUAUAUCGAUUUAAUUUUGUCUUGAUUUGAAUAAAGUUCUGCUGCAUCUGA